GUACAAUUACAAAACUCCCGUUGCAUUUUAUCACCUCCGAACCGAUCGCUAAUUCCCCGACAAAACCCGAGAGGAAGAAGAGAGCGCGCGCGCCCAGAACUCGGCCAUGGCGGCGGCGGCGGAGGAGAAGGUGGCGGCGCCUUCGUCGUCGAGAGGAAGGCUAUCGAAGCUUCUUCAAGAGUUCGGUUGGGAUCUGAUGCUUGGGUCGAUCGCGGCGUUCUACGCGUUCAUGGUUCCGUACACCAAGGUCGAGGAGAGCUUCAAUGUUCAGGCGAUGCAUGAUAUCCUUUACCACCACCAUCACAUUGAAAAGUACGACCAUUUGGACUUUCCUGGUGUUGUGCCUCGAACUUUUAUUGGUGCAUUUCUCGUGUCCAUUAUAGCAUCACCAGUAGUUGCAGUAAUACAUUAUCUUCAUGUGCCAAAGAUUUACAGUCUCUUGGCAGUUCGCUUGGCAUUAGGUUUCAUUGUAUUGCUGACUUUAAGGCUCUUUCGGCUUCAGGUUAGAAGGAAAUUCGGGUAUCAUGUCGAAGCAUUCUUUGCAAUAAUGACAGCUUUGCAAUUUCACUUGUUGUUCUAUUCAACGCGGCCUCUUCCAAACAUUUUAGCUUUUUGUUUAGUUAAUUUGGCAUAUUCUUUUUGGUUUAAGGGAGAUUCCUCAGCUACUUUGAAAUGCCUGACUGUUGCUACAGUUGUAUUUCGAUGCGAUACCAUGCUGCUCUUUGGUCCUAUUGGCAUUGAGUUGUUGUUGAGUAAAUCUGUUUCACUGCUGGAAGCAAUUAAAUGCUGCGUGAUCACUGCUCUUCUGUGCAUAGGCAUUUCUGUGCUGGUUGAUUCAAUAAUGUGGCAAAGAAUAUUGUGGCCAGAAUUGGAAGUUUUCUGGUUUAACUCAGUUCUAAACCGUAGUUCAGAAUGGGGUACUCACCCGCUUCAUUGGUACUUCACUUCAGCACUUCCACGCUCCAUGCUUGUAGGAUAUCCUCUUUGUAUGAUUGGUAUGGUUCUUGAUAGAAGGAUAAGACGAUAUGUGCUUCCAGUCUUCUUAUUUAUUUUGUUUUAUUCAAAACUUCCGCACAAGGAGCUUCGGUUCAUACUUGGUUCUAUUCCUAUUCUAAAUGCGUCAGCAUCAAUAGCAGCUAGCAGAGUAUAUAAUAAUAGGAAGAAGAAAAUAUGGAGUUGGAUCUAUGUCAUUAUGCUCGGAUCUUUUAUUGUCAGUGUAGGAUGCUCUAUAGUGACAUUCAUGGCAUCCUAUAACAAUUAUCCAGGUGGUUACGCUUUGAAGGCUCUACAUCAAGCUGAUGCAUCAACAAAGGAAAAGUUGGUUCAUAUAGAUGCUUUCACAGCAAUGAAUGGAGUUUCUCGUUUUUCUGAAAAUGAAUAUCCUUGGAGAUACUGUAAAGAAGAAGGAAUUCCCAUCGAACAUUUUGGUAACAGAAAUUUCACCUACCUGCUGAACGAGCAUCAUUCCAUCAAUGGCUACAAAUGCUUGUUUGCCAUAAAUGGAUUUUCUGGCCUUCGUUUCCGAAGGCAUUUUCCGCCAUUAGCUCUGUUGAAAGAGCCAAAGGUAUUCAUACAUGGGAACAUAGAAGACAAGGACAUUGUCUCUUCAGAUUAAUCAGGGUGCCCAUAGAGAUCAAAAGAAAGCAUCAUGUCUUUCCAAGGAGUCGCUAAUUUAUGCACUAAAAAUGAUUGAGAAGCAAAAUAGUUCUCUCAUAACUAAGUUUGGUAGUUUGGACUUGUACAUCACAAUCUUUUUUUUUUCUUUUUCUUUCUUGGCUUCCCAGCUGAAUUAGGCCUAUGUGCUCCUCAUUGUUGAUUUUUAUCGGCGUAUAUGCAUACAAUGUAUAAUGUAAGAAAAAAAUUGGGUUAUUAAGACCAAACCUCUUAUUGCUUCAGCAAAUGUAAUGCUUUCUCAAGUUUCUGA